AUGGGCUUGGUCAUUGUUGAUGUGGUGCCCAAUGUGGGGACUUUCUUUGAAGGCUUCCAGCAAUUUACUCAGAAGUGCAACACCCCAAGCUUCUAUAUGCCCCUCUUCAAAGACAUGGAGCACCGUGAGUGGUUUGAAGCAUAUUGGUCAGAGGACAUGGCUGCCAGCUUCGUGAAGGGACAGAUCAGUGUUUCUGGCGUGGAGAGAUUGGCAGAUGAUCCACCAGCGGAGCAUUUGGAAUCACCACCAGACCCUCCUGCUUUGAAACGAUGCGUCUAUGGGAAGGUGGAGCAGGAGAUUGUGACGAUUGAAAUUCCUGAUAUGCUGGUGAAGCUUCAUGGAGAGAAUGAGGCCUUCAAGGUGUUUCACAAAGCUUUCCUUGCAAGGCAUCCCUUGGCAAAGGCGUUUCCUAAGCCACCUUCCAAAUCAGGGCCUGGACCAAAGGCCAAGUCUACGCCCAAGCCAACCAAGCGGCCUUUGAAUGACUUUACACCAACAUUGGUACCUCUUGAUGGAGUGGAGCAUUCUCAGAUUCUGUGUGAAGUGCCUAUCAUCAAUGCAAGGUGCUCUUCCAAGCUUAGCACAAUGCCAAUGUUGGUCAUUGAUGCCAAAACGGGCCCUUGUGUGAAGAAUGAGACUGGCCAUGAGGUCACACUUCCCUUUGGAUCAAUCCUUGCUGGGUUUGGCAAGGCGAAGUUCAGGGAACUCACAGCCGAUGCCGGUUUGCAGGACAAGGAAAUUUUGUUUGAGGUCACUGGUUCUACCUAUGGGAUCCUUGGCUCAAAGGUGGCGCUAUUCAGUGAGCAUUUGGCUGAUGCAAAGGGAACGUCCAAGAAUGUGCGGCCAUGCUACCAUAAAGCAGUGGAGGGCCCUGAGCAAUGGACUUUUGAGAAGGAGUCUGAUGUGAUCUUUUCAGUGCAGGAGGAGGACCUGACAGAUAGCAAACCAACCCAGGUGCAAGCGGCCAAGGUCUUGGUUCCUCCUACUUCCUGGAAUUCCAAGUCCAGCGCCAUUGCAUGGCAGGUGAAAUGGAGCUUGAAUGGGCUCCAGCCCCAACGUGCAGUGAUCAUCAUGACCCAGGAUGUUACAAUCCCUAAUGGUCAGAUUUUUGUGUUCUGA